UACGCUACACACUUCAGUGUUUCACUCACUACAGAAGCGCGCGGUUUGCAGAUCGCUUAAGAACGUCUUUGUGCUCUAGCUUUCAUCACUUUGCAGAGCUUCGUGUCAAUAUUAGUCCAUGAAGUAAGCAGGAAAUGUGUUUUCAAACGGUAAUUUGCUUGCUCGCAACCGCAACGGUUUUGAGUCAAGUAAAUGCGCAAAGACAUUUCCCACCGAAACCACCACCACUACCAAACGAUAUCAUCGAAGAGUCGGUGACACGCAUCAAAGACUCAACUUUUGAAGUUGACAUUGUGUCUAUUGUGAGGCGACCCAACGUCGGCAUUCGACGACCAGAUGGCCCACCACCACCAAAUUUUAAUCGCAGGGAAGAUAAUGUGAAAAUAGUAUUUCCGAGCAAUUCAGAUGAGCAACCCAGCGAAAGUCGUAUAUCAGAGUUCGAAAAUAAUAAUCGCGAAUUUGAACGUAAUGUCGGUCAAGAUCAAAGACGAAGAGAAGGAGAGCGUGAACGUGAACAAGAAUUUCGUCGUAAAAACGGAAAUGAACUUGAACCUGUUAACAUAUUUAAUCAGAACGCAGAACGGAAUUUUUAUGGCGAAAAUGUAAACGAACCGGAAGUGUUUAAUGGCGAUCGUCGACAAAAUAGCGAAAGUUCACGGCAACCCAUUAGGAAUCAACAACGGUCGGAAGACAAUAAAAGGCGGCUCUGUGAAGUAAAGUACAAUGAGUAUAUUGCAAACAUAUAUAGCAAUGAUGCAGAGACCACGGCGGAUGCGAACGAUACAGAGUUCGAUGGUCGUGUUUUGGCAACACCCGGUGAAUACCCGCAUAUGACAGCGCUGGGCUUUGAAAGGGAGGACCACACUUAUGAUUACAAAUGCGGCGGCAGUUUGAUAAGUGAGACCUUCGUAAUAACUGCAGCGCAUUGUACCAAUAUAACGGAUGAAGUACCGACGGUGGCGCGCAUCGGGGAAAUCAAUCUUAAGGUGAAUGCACAACAUUUUGGACCACAAAUAUUUGGCAUACAAAGUAUAUACACGCAUCCACAAUACGAUGGCGUGACCUAUUACAAUGACAUCGCGCUUUUACUCUUAAAUGCAAGUGUUAUAUUCACCGAGUUUGUACGUCCAAUCAGAUUGUGGACACAUCCUGAUUUACCGAUACACACCGCUUUCGCCAUGGGCUUUGGAGCCACCUCGUUUGCGAAAGCGCCCACCCAGCUACUUACCGACUUCAAUCUGACUAUUGUGGAGAACAGCGAUUGCAAUCAGCGUCUGCCACAGCUGGACGAAGUGCCGCGCGGCAUAAUAAAGAGUCAAGUUUGUGCACAAGAUUUUGUAAUGCAACGCGAUACUUGUCAGGGUGACUCCGGCGGUCCGCUGCAGUAUAAUAUUAGAGGAAGGCGACGCAGAAAUCGUGUACACUAUCAUUUGAUCGGCAUCACUUCGUUCGGUUUGCUUUGCCGCAGUCAAAACCCUGGAGUCUAUACACGCAUAUACUCGUACUUGGAUUGGAUUGAGAACACAGUUUGGAGGAGUUAUACGAACUAGACAGUUGCGAAACUUAUAU